AUGUCUGCGACCUUUCUGCAUAACGAACAUGCUUCUUUCGCGUGCCCAGAUAAUUAUACAGAUAGGAAAACUGCAGCCUCAGCGUAAUCUCUUGCCUGCUCCUGAUAUCGCACCGUCAUGAUGGGUGAAGAGGGUAGGGUAAGUGAGGGCAGUGCGGCACGGCACUCAUAUUACGAGGCAGCCUCGUGGCCAGGUAUCCGGUGCCUGAACGACCCCCCAAGUCUGUGUCAGACUGAGCAAGCCUGCUAACGUCUCAUGGAGCCCUCUGCCCACCGUCCUAUAUCCUCGAUAAUCCUGAGACUUGAAGGGACCAAUGGAUGGACCCCUAUGCUCUCACUGUUCAUGAUAGAUAUGCAACCCUGCCUCCCCGCAUGUGGACAGUUACCUACACAGCAGAAUAGCCGCAUUUCUCCGAUAAUGCCUGUGUUCGGCGUCAGUAUCUCUUCGACGGCGAAAUCGUACAAUUUGUUUCCGAGGGCGUUCCGACAUCUAGCUUUGGUGCUACUAAACUGGCUGGCUCACCAGCGAGGGAAUGUCGAUCGUCCUGCGUCCUGCGGUGUUAGAGUGCGAACAAGUGUGAGUGUCUGGAACGCAACUCAUGGUGCCUGCCCACGUGCUGUGGUGCUAGCGUGCAGCAUCCUCCUAAUAAGUUUCAUACACUGUCAUUACAUCGUUAAGAUCUUGUGGACGUUCAAGGCGAGCACUCGGAAUAUUGAUGCGGGAGUAACGGUGGGAAGAAUAUAUCAUUGACGGGGCCAGAGGAGAGCUACGCAGGAGAUGAAAUGUACUUGGUUGGCCCUGGUCCUUGGUGAUGAGCAAUAUUGGAUGCAGUGAUGGGGUAGGAUCUGCAGUCAGAGAUGCGGGGCUACAACGGUAGCAAACUCAAGGUCAUCGGCAUUGAGCCCCGAUUAUUCUUUUGAUCCGGCAUGCUCUCG